AUGAAAGAACAGGAGAGCUUGAAAAUUGAAACGGAGAAGGAGAUAAACGACCUCAUAUCUCUGAACAGGGAAAAGGAGGAGCACCUGAAACAGUUCGAAGCAGAAGUCAUUGCUUGUGGACAAACGAUUGAAGGCCUGGAAAAUGAGGUCGUAGCCUUGAUGAAAGAAAAGGACAGCCUUAAAAUGGAAAUGGAGAAGGAAAUAUCUGACCUCAUAUCUCUGAACAUGGAAAAGAAGGAGCAGCUGGAACAGUUCAAAACAGAAGCCAUGGCUUGUGCACAAACAAUUGAAGGUCUGGAAAAUGAGGUCGUAACCUUGAUGAAAGAAAAGGAGUGCUUGAAAAUUGAAUGGGAGAAGGAAAUAUCUGACCUCAUAUCUCUGAUCAUGGAAAAGGAGGAGCACCUGAAACAAUUCGAAGCAGAAGUCAUUGCUUGUGGACAUACGAUUGAAGGCCUGGAAAAUGAGGUCGUCCACUUGAUAGGAGAAAAGAAUUGCCAGAAAAUUGAAAUGGAAAAGGAAAUAAUGGACCUGAAAGAAGAAGUGACUAACCAGCGAGAUAUGAACUUGGAAAAGGAUGAGGAGAUUGAAAAAUUUAAAGGGGAGGUAAUUGAAAUUGGAAAGACAAUUGAAGGUCUGGAAAAUGAGGUCAUCCAGUUGAUGGAGGAUAAUGAGAGGAGGAAAGCAAAGAUGGAAAAGGAAAUAAAUGACCUCAAAGAAGAGUCGAUAAAGCUCCAAUCACUGAACAUGGUAAAGGACGAGGAGAUUGUAAACUCGAAAAAGAAAGUAAUUGAAAUUGGAAGGACAAUUGAAGGUCUGGAAAAUGAGGUCAUCGAGUUAAUAGAAGACAAUGAGAGGAGGAAAGCAAAGAUGGAAAAAGAAAUAACAAACCUCAAAGAAGAGUUAUUUUACCAGCAGGAUAUGAAUUUGAAAAAGGACGAGGAGAUUGAAAAGUUGAAAAAGGAAGAAAUGGAAUUGGUAGCGACAAUUGAUGGCCUGAAAAAUAAGGUCAUCGAGUCGAUGGAGGAGAAUCAAAAGAGGAAAACAAACAUGAAAGAGGUAAUGAACAACCUCAAAGAGUUAAUCAAUGUUCACGAUAUGAAAAUGGAAAAUGAUAUAGAAUAA